GUAUCGGGCAAGGAGCAUCAAGACACACUUACCAGCAUGAGCAACCUCGCGAGGCGGCGAUCCGGGACCACGACGCCCACCUUGUCAUACUCUUUUAUACACCUCGCGGAGGACUACGAUUCAGGGCGGGAUUCUAACCGUGAACAGGACAGCGACGACUAUGGCCACUCAGUAAACCCGCCUCCGGAGGCGCCGGCUCCUGCGUCCGCAGCAGAACCGGUCAACGUCGUCGACUUCUGGGGCAACAACCCCGCGCCAACCGCCUCUAGUUUAUCCCUGCCCCCAGGGUUCGAACAAUCAAACGCCAACACAAACUUAGCAGACAGCACGGACGACUCGGAAACCAGCGACCUCGAAAGCGUCAUGUCAGAGGCCCCCUCCAUUGCGUCGCCCCGGGGCGUAGUCGAACUGCCCGUGGGCAUCCGGCUUGCCACGAUCCAUGAGCUCAAAGCUUUGUUCUUGACGAAUGAAUCACUCAGCCCUCUCUACGAUAUCGCCAUGUCUAAGGUUGGCCCUGACGGACUCCAGAGAAACCUUGGACGUCUCCUCGUGCGAUACGGACGCGCACUCAGCGCCGAGGCAACCGAUCCGCCGCAGUACAAAGCGGCGAAAUUUGUUUGUCAAUUUGCUCAACGGCUGUCCCUGGAGAUCACAGACGUCGUUGAGUACAGGUGGGAACUGCGAUCCGAAAAGGAGCCGCUCAGCGCAAAGGCAUUAGGGGACGACUUCAACAAUAUCCAAGACCUCGACGACUUGGAUGAUGAGGAACAUGAUGAAUUAGACCAUGACCCCGAGGUACCCUCGAUCCAGACACUUGACAACCUAUGGGCAGUCAAGGAUUUCAUGAUUUCGUCAAAGGCCUUCCGCAAACUCUGCCAGUCGUUGAGAGUAUGGCUUGGUGUGGAAACACCCCACGAACAAGCUGAGAUGGCAGACAUCGUAGUCCACGGAGCGGAAGCACAAGCGAGCAGCCCAGUCGAUAUCUCCGUUGGAAGAUCAGACCAGCAGAGUGCCGGGCCACAAGAAAGAACCCCAGGAAUUACGGUCUCUGAAAACACACCCACCGCGUUUUUGGAGAGGAUGGGCGAGAUGGUAGGCCAAAAGGUAUCAGAGUCGCGUUUCGAACCUGCUAUCCCGAUCUUAAUAGGCGAAACAUCUCUGGGAGCGGAUCUUCGGGUCGAUACAGCAUCCUCGUUCUCUGCCGUGAAGAUCGCAUCGAAGCGCUUCUGGUGUACACUCACUGGCUUAUGGCAGUCGAGGCUCCCAACUGAUCAGGUUCGGAUCUCAUGGACGUGUCGAUGUGGCGACACUCUACGCAUUCAAGUCCCUGAAGCUCAGCAAAUGGCUGCAAUAGCCUUCGCCAAAAAAGCAGCUAACCCAAACUCGAGCACAAUCACUUCCCGGUCCUCAAGUAGGACAGAACAUAUACCAUUACAAACUCUCGUGCCAACAGCCACAAAUACAUCCCCUCAAACCCCAAACCUAACACCCUCCUCCAGCAGCGCCAUCUCAGCUACCACAGAAACAACUCCCGACUCCUCCUCCACGUCCGCCACCUCGCAGUCCGCCAACUCCCGCCGCUCCUCGCCCAACACCACCCCCUCCGACACCGAAGCCACCCAGCCCGAACCCUUCCUCCCCGCUGGAACCGAAAAAUACCUCCUUCUGUGCGUCAACACUUUCAGCCGCCACGGCAUACCGUUCCGCAAGCUCGCCAAUGUCAACAUCACGGACGUCAACUGCUCCUCCGAGCUCUUCUCCCGGCUGCGCAGCGCAUACUACUCCCUCCGCCCGCGCCAGAAUCCCUUCCUCGUCCCAAAAACAAUGCACUACAUCAAAUUCCAGCUGCUUUUUCUCCAGAAAUCAGGUGAAUGCGUUGGUUCGUACGAAGUCGAUUCCAUCCCUUCCAUUAAGGAGGUUCUGAAUCAAGAAUACGCAUUUUCCCCUUGCCCGCCGCGAAUCGGCAAGCUCCCACUGCCCCCUGACAUAUUUAUGCAUGCGUUCCUGGACCCUGGGGAUCAUCUCGGGCCUAUGGCGGUGGACAUACUGCCGAAGAAGCUGUGGUGCCAGUUGAGAUGGGAUGCGGGAGCGAAUGGGAGGUGGAAUGUACCGGAAGGGUGGGGUUUUUAUAUUGUUCAGGGUGUUAAUUGGGGACUGGUGUCGUGGUGUGCGGGCGCGGCAUUGGUGGUGGUGACGGGGCUGACGGUAGUGUGGUCGGUGGUGGUGGGAGACGUACAGGGAGGGACGGGUCUGGGGCAGUAUUGUCUUGCGGUGUUGACGCUGGGGGUGUCGGUGUGGUUGUUGAGGGAUAAGGGGAGUGAUGCAGUUGCAGGGUUGUCAGGAGAGCGCUUCAGUUGAUGGGCUAUAGAGGUAUUUGGAUACCCAUAACUUUAGAUAUCUUCAGUUAGGAUUCACCUACAGAGGUAGGUAUGAACAGAGCCUGAUGUGCUCUGCUGAACAACCGAUAGGUAUAACAUAGUCUCUGGAUAAGAUGAAUGGCAGUC